UACGUAUAUAUAGAUCAUAUACAGUUCUACUGUUGAUCAAUAUAGUUACCGAUUUAAAACCCUUCGUUAGUAUUGAUUGGUGAGUUGGAAUCAAGUUAAGACAAGACUCCAUUAUUAAAUUGUUACCUGUGAAACGAACGUAAUAAAAUAUAGGACAUUAUACACAGUUCGAUCAAAUGUCUUUGGAAUGGAAAAUGGGCGAAGCAUUAUGACCUUAGAUAGCGACACAAAUAUUUCCCCUAAAGGGGGAUGUGUUUCUCAGAUAGACAAUUGUGAUUCAAAAAUGGAGGAUGAUAUUGUUGGAGUAAACGGUAAGAAACGUAAACUUGUCGUUCAUUUUGAUCUCAGGAAUACAGUUUUAGUUUCCGAUUCAGUUACAAAUGUUACUAUGGAACAAGCGCUGAACAGUUUCUUGACGGGUGUCGUUUGGGGUAGAGAUCUUGAAAGUGGCGCAUGGCGAUGGCAUUCAUAUAUUCCGUCUCUUACUCCUCCGGCUGUGGGUACAACUACAUUUUAUAAAUAUUUAGAAAGAAAAUUGGUUAAAACUCCAAAAGACAGAACAUUGUUGCGAAUAGCAACAGGUGAUUUCGCUCACAGUGAUAUUGGUAAGGGAUUUUUACCGUAUUUCGAUUCACACAUUGACAAAAUGAAAUGGAAACAUUCGGAAGUACCACAAUCUGGAAAAUUAACAAUGUCCGGUUCAGACGGCAAACACUAUCAUUAUAUACUACCCUCCGUAUAUAAAGCAAUACACCAACUUCAUGAAGACGACCGGGAUUUUGCAAUUGUGUUUAGAACAUAUGGCUUGGAUACUGCAAACGUCAUAUCAAGUGUUAAAUUUGGACUGGCAGGGAACCAUCCGGGUUUUCCGGAAGAUCUUCAACUUCCGGUAAAUCAGCUGGUUGGAAAAGUAAAACGAGGUGAUAAUCAAUCAAUCGAAUUCAUGACGUACAUGGACGACUCGACAGUAAAGGAAUUCAAAAAUGAUCGGGAUAUUUACAACAUGCUUUCAAAAUCUCAGGGAAUAUCAGGGUAUAUGGACGACUUCCGGUACUGGCAAGACAAUGGAUAUAUGUAUUCUACCGCUAAACCUUUGUAUAUUGACCCUUUUGAUACCAGUGUUCAGCACAUAUUUUUCGAUGACAAUUUUAGAAAAUAUGAAAACGAUAGUAUCGUUGACGUCAGACUUUUCGAUUCAGCUGGGUGUAGAAACGCCAAAAGCGUUUUGCGACCGGAAAUUGAAAAAUUCGAAAAUCUGUGUGUUGUGCAAGCAGAUUUGAUGACGGCUAUAGACAAUGAUGAUUAUUUCUUGAAAAGUAUACGAAACUGUGAAGAAAACUACACACAAUAUCUAAAGAAAUUUCAUGGAAUAGUUUGAUGAUUGUUUAUAAAGUGCUGUAUCCCUUAAGAGUUUAUGAAUCUACCUACACUAGUCAAUUGGCUAUAGUUUAUGGAUAUAAUAGUAGUUGUGUAUGUUAAACACUGCAAUAUCUUAUUCUGUGAUAUACAUUUGUACAUUUUUAAUCAUUGUUUAGAUAACUAUUGAAUUAAAUACACCAUGACAGGUCCUUUUAUUGAAGUGAGAUUUGAUAUUUUACAAAAGUUUUUAAAAUCUAUGGUUCAUUAGCACUAUUUAUCUAAAACAUUUCAGAUAUUUUCAACGUACGAAGUAUUCUUAUGAUGUAUUUUCUUCUUAUUUAUAUACACUUUCGUUGAACUGUCUUAAUAUUUUAUUAACCUAUUUUCCUGUUUUGGUGUAUUUUAAUUUUUAAUGUCCCUAUAGGUAUAUACGUUGCACUUAUCUAUAAGACGUAUUGAAAUUAAACUUCAAUGAUUUCAAUCUUAAUUUAGUCCAGACCUUAUUCGUAUAGUUAAAUACUUUUAUAUGUUAAGAAAUAACAUUAUGGAUUUGUGUUCUAACGAUAAUUGUGCAAGACACGCUUGAUUAGUUCUU